ACUGUGUUAUUGGGAACAAAAACGUUGGCUGAUGUCGUUGUGGAUUGUGUCGAUUGAAUUCAACAUUUAGUUUUCUAUUUUGAUAAGUUUUCUAUUUAUGGUGAUUUUAACAGUUUCCAGAUAGUGGAUUUUUUUCCCAAUCGUGAGACACGAAACGCGCUGUGCAAAAAUGUGGUGGCUCAGCUGUCUAUUCACCGCAGCUUUGUGGACAAUAGCCUCUGCGCAGCUGAGAUAUUCUAUCACUGAAGAAGUUACAGAAGGAACCAUUGUCGGGAAUGUAGCAAAGGAUUUGGGUUUGGACAAGAGUGCGCUCAAAGACAGGAAGUAUCGCAUUGUGUCUGGUGCUGCAGAGUCCCUUUUUCACGUGGAUCAGAAAGACGGUAAUUUGUAUGUGAGCCGUAAGAUUGACCGAGAAGAGGUGUGUGAAAAGAGCUCUACGUGUUUAAUCAAUCUUAAGACUGUGUUAGAAAACCCGCUGGAGGUGCAUUACGUUGGAGUAGAGGUGCAGGACAUAAACGACAAUGCACCAUUUUUUUCUGAAUUAGAAACAAUGCUGGAGAUUUCAGAGUCUGUGUUACCGGGUGUGCGGAUUUCUCUAAAAGCAGCAAAAGAUCUGGACAGUGGGUCGUUUUCUAUACAGCAGUAUAAACUUAGUGCAAAUGAACAUUUCCGAUUAGAUGUUACAGAUAUGGACGAAGAUGGUAAAAUACCAAACUUAAUUGUGCAAAAACCGUUAGACAGAGAGACAGAGAAUCAUCAUUCCCUUGUGCUGACGGCGUUAGAUGGUGGAAAACCUCCAAAAUCUGGGCAAACGAGAAUAGUUGUGAACGUGCUAGACGUAAAUGACAACGCGCCUCGCUUUACAAACGAUGAAUUGUCGGUGACGCUUACAGAAAAUUUACCAUUAGGCACGACUGUAAUACAGAUUAAUGCCACCGAUUCAGACGAAGGACUGAACGGAGAGGUAGUAUAUGCAUUUGCUAACAGCGUAAAACAACGACUUCUAGAUUUAUUUGACAUUAACUCACAGACAGGUGAGAUAAUUGUCAAAGGUUUAAUAAACUAUGAAGAGAAGGAAAAGUAUGUUAUAGAAGUAAAGGCUUCAGAUAAAGGUCUUGCUUCGUUAGCCACACAGAAAAAGGUAAUAAUAAAAAUAGUAGAUGUGAAUGAUAAUGCUCCUGAGAUUGAAGUCACCUCGUUUUCCAGCUCCAUUCCUGAAGACUCUCGGCCCGGGACUACUGUGGCUCUGAUCAGUGUUAAUGACAGGGACUCUGGGCUGAACGGGAAAGUGACCUGUACAAUAGAAGGAGAUGUUCCCUUUACACUGUCUCCUUCCCUACAGGACAAAAUGUAUUCACUCGUUACUAAAUCCACUCUGGACAGAGAGACACAGUCACAGUAUGUACUGUCCAUAGCUGCCACAGAUCACGGCCAGCCCUCACUUAAAUCUGAAAAGAACAUAUUAAUUGUAAUUUCAGAUGUGAACGACAACAGCCCAGAGUUUGUCCUUACUCCAUAUAGUUUUUAUAUCACUGAGGGCAAUGAAGCAGGAGCACAGCUGUUUUCAGUUCAGGCUAAUGACAAAGAUGAAGGUGAAAAUGCUCAUAUUUCUUAUCAUAUUUACAGAGAUGGAAGUGCAGAAAAUAAAGUGACUUCAUUUCUUAAUAUUAAUAGUGAAAAUGGGCAAAUCACAGCUCUGAAAAGCUUUGACUUUGAGACAUUAAAGUCGUUCCAGUUUCAAGUGGUGGCCUCAGACUCUGGGACUCUGUCACUGAGCAGCAACGUGACAGUGCACGUGUUUAUUCUGGAUCAGAACGACAACGCUCCAGUCAUUCUGUAUCCAGUCAGCUCUAACGGUUCUACUGAAGGAGUGGAGGAGAUCCCCCGCAAUGUGAACGCGGGACACUUGGUGACUAAAGUCAGGGCCUAUGACGCUGAUAUCGGAUAUAAUGGCUGGCUGCUGUUUUCACUGCAGCAAGUGACUGACCACAGUCUGUUUGGGUUGGACCGCUACACAGGACAGAUCAGGACACUUCGCUCAUUGACAGAGACGGACGAGGCCGAGCACAAACUCGUCAUACUGGUCAAAGACAAUGGCAACGUGUCCCUGUCAGCUACAGCUACUGUGCUUGUCAAAGUGGUGGAGCCCAGAGAGGCUUUUGCAGCUUCUGAUGUUAAGAGCUCCACUAAAGACUCUGAGGACACUAAUGUGACUUUUUACCUCAUGAUAACUCUGGCCUCGGUCUCAGCUCUGUUCAUUAUCAGUAUCAUUGUGCUGAUUGCAAUGCAGUGCUCCAAGUCCAGCACUGACUACACGUCCAAGUACUUACAGGACACAAACUAUGACGGGACUCUGUGCCACAGCAUCCAGUACAGAUCUGGAGACAAGCGCUACAUGUUAGUUGGACCCAGAAUGAGCGUAGGAUCCACUAUAGUCCCAGGGAGUCAAGCCAACACACUGGUGCUGCCUGACAGGAGGAGGCCCUCUGAAGAGGUACGCUUCCGUAUGGCAGUGGAGGAUUAGGUGGCAAGCUGUGUGUUGAGCAUCACCUUCAUCUUGUGGCAAAGUCAGUGUCCAUCCAUGGCUGUCUGGACGUGCACUGUAGUAGGCUACACUCUCACUGUGCUUUUCUGCUGUAAUUACAACUAUUUCUGUAAAUAUCCACAAAUGCAUGUUGACAAUAGUAUUAAUUAGAGUAUGGAUUGUGAUUUGUAAAUGAAUCAUUCAUUAAAACUUAAGAUCUUUGAAAACAAUAUGUUUGCUUUCUGCUAAGGGAAUAGUUCAGUGUUUCAGUUUGUGUAUUACCUAGAAGUGGAGAACAUUGCUAACAGGGACUAAACUACUUUCAUAUGAUAUUUUUGAUGCAUUAUAUUAAGCUCCUUAUUACAAAAAUAAGGUCUGAGUAAUACAAUGUGAUAUGUUGGAUAACUGAAUGUAUACCUUUUCUUGCAUGCUAAAUGUUACGUUCAACAAAAGCAGUAAUGUAUCUUGCUUCUUGGACAAUGAACAUGGACUGAUUUUAUACUUUUGUUUGAUAUUGCACAAGCCACAUGUGUUAAGGGCUUUGUAAUGCUGGUGGUGUCAAGUGAUGUGCCAUGUCUUGGGGUUACUUUUGGCAAAGCAAAAGAGUGAUGUAAAAUACUUCUCAUUUUCUUACUGUGAAGUUUACUCCCUGUUAUAUUUUCUGCCAUGUGCUUUUAGAGGAAGGAGCAUGUUAUAAAAGUAUAAUUUAGGUAAUACACUGU